AUGGCUGAAGCCGACGAACGUCCUCAGGGCUCGGAUUCUCCUCCCCUGAAGUUACCCGAUUUCGUGACCAAUAUAUUCUCCUUUCUCCAACCUAAGGCUCCUCCAGCUGUUAUUGAUGCCGGUGUUCCCAAACCCACCGGCGAAAAGGAUCGUCAGAACUCGACGGUCGAGACCGUCUCCUUCCCUUACAAUCCGCCCACGAACACUGAGCCACUGAAGGUUGAAGCUGAGGUCAGCUCCAGCAAGACUUCCAACAACCUCGUCAUUUGGCAGGUAUAUGCACUUGGAGGGUUUCUUGUCCUGAAGUGGGCGUGGGCGAGAUGGAAUGAGAGGAACGAGAGAAGUAACAAAAAGGAUGCGACGGAUGAUGAUGAUCAGCCUUCUCAUAGGGAAGGUGGUGACAGUGAUGAUGAUCAACACGAAGACUAA